GCGCAAACGGCCAGACGUGAUCUCUCGCCCACGUGUCCCUUGCCCCUGUCCAGCUGUCCCCUCCGGAGCCUGCAAAGAACUCCCCACCCAGCUAUCAACUAUCAUUUCCGGCGCUGAAAAGGAGAGUGACACUCAACACUGCAGAAAUCAGAUUCGGAGCUUCGGGGGAAAAAGGCAGGCACAGUAUCGUCGAACAUGCUGCCAGGUCGCCACCCGGCGCGCCGGGCCGACACCACCGGGACGGGGCCGCUCCUGCCGGACGCCACUCGCGCGGUGGUGUCGGAGUUCGUCGCCACAGCCAUGUUCGUGUUCGCCGCCGAAGGCUCCGUCUACGGCCUCUGGAAGCUGUACAAGGACACGGCAACGCCGGGCGGCCUGCUCGCGGUGGCCAUCGCGCACACGCUGGCGCUGGUGGCCGCGGUGGCGGUAGCGAGCAACGCGUCGGGUGGGCACGUCAACCCUGCGGUCACGUUCGGCCUGCUCGUGGGCCGUCGCAUCUCUUUCGGCCGUGCCGCGGUAUACUGGCUCGCGCAGAUGCUCGGCGCCGUGGUCGCGUCGUUGCUGCUAACGCUCGUCUCCGGCGGCACGCGUCCCGUGGGCUUCGGGCUCGUCCGCGGCGUCCACGAGCGGCACGCGCUCCUGCUAGAGGCCGUCAUGACGUUCGGGCUCAUGUACGCCGUGUACGCCACCGCGGUGGAUCACCGGAGCCGGGGCGGCGCGGUCGCGAUCGCGCCCCUCGCCAUCGGCUUCGUCCUGGGCGCGAACAUCCUCGCCGGCGGCCCGUUCGACGGCGCCGCGAUGAACCCGGCGCGGGCGUUCGGGCCCGCGCUCGUCGGCUGGAGCUGGCGCCACCACUGGGUCUACUGGGUCGGGCCACUGAUCGGCGCCGGGCUGGCUGGCGGCUUGUACGAGUUUGUCAUGGUUGAGCAGGAGCCCGAGGCGCCGGCGCCAGCUGCAGUUCCUCGGAUGCCAGUGGCCUCUGAGGACUACUGAUGUAGGUGUACAUGUAUUGUAUCCCUACCGUUUGUAUUUUCACUGUGUAUCGUAUGGGUGUACCGUGUAUCUAGGAGACUAGGACCGAGCUUGGCAUCUGCUUUAGAGGCACGUCAUAGACUUUUUGGAUAUUCCCAAGAACCCUUACUACUAGAUCAAAAUAAACACAGACAUGAAUCGAUUUCUGCGCA